AUGGAUGAAACAUUGGAGAUUCUUGCAGCUGCCAAGAAAACCGCUGAUUCUGCAAACAUAAAGGGUAUUCUUCGCGGUAAAUCUGACAUUUCCAGAUGUGUUGAUUGUUUGAAGAAGCUUGAAACCUGUCCCUUCAAUGCUGAAAUCAUCAACACCCACAACAUCUACAAGACGCUUCAAAAUCUCUGCAAGCACAAGAGCAGAAAGAUCUGCUCUGCAGCUUCCCGGCUUAUCAAUAAAGUGGAAGAUGCACCAAGAAAAAAAGUCAGGGCCAUGCUUGAAGAAGCCUUCUCAAAGGUAGCAUCAGAAUCUAGGGGAAAGAUUGGAAAGAAUAUGUGUUUGAGGGAUCCUGUUGAGGUUGCUGCAAUGUUGGAGUCUGAGAUGUUUACUCAGAUGGGUACUUGCCUUGGUAAUCAAAAGAUGAAGUACAGGUCCAUUCUGUUUAACCUGAGGGAUGCAAAAAAUCCAGACUUGAGGAGAAAGGUUCUUUGUGGAGAUAUCAAACCUGCUGAGCUGAUCAAGAUGAAAAGUGAGGAGAUGGCAAGCAAUCAACUUAAGCUUGAGAUGAGUGAGAUAAGAAACAGGGCUGCACUUAGGGAAGAGUCUUUGAUAUGUCAAUUAGCUGAAUGUAAUGCUGUAUAUUGA